AUGGGUCUCGACACGAUAUUCACUGUUUACUACGCAUUUUACUUUAUAUUUUCCGGAACCGCGCAACUUUUUGUGCUCUACCUCAUCGUGUUCCAUAGCCCGCCGAGUUUACAAGAUAUGCGGAAAUUAAUGAUGGCUACGUCACUAUCGCAAGUUAUCAUGUGCUCGUCGGCAUUUUUGACGCAAGUUAGAAUUGUCCCGAUCCAAUUCUCCAUCGCACUUUUAUCUUUCGGGCCUUGUUCAAUUGUAGGCCCGCAGGCUUGCCUGGCCACGUAUAAUCUGUUGAACACAUCAGGUUGCCUCGUGGUGGCCUCCCUCCUCCAUAUGAUGUAUUACCGCCGACGUUUGAUGUCUUCUGUCAGAAGGCUCUCGACACAAAAGUUCAUUGGCAAUUGUUUUGUUGUCUACUUUUUUAGCGCUGUUGUUCUGAUUUUCUCAUUCCUCGGCCCCACCAACUUCGGGUACAUCAAAGCCCUGGUGACAACGUUCUACCCGACAAUUGACUUGCAAAACUACACGCUAUCCGGCUUCUCUGACGUCACAAACAUUCUUUGCUCAACUGCGACGGGAAUCAUCGCAGCUCACGCGUAUUUUCCGCCGCUGGUGGCGAUUAUUUGGAGACGAAAAAUCGUCCGAGAAAUCAAUAGUCAACAAUCGGCUUUAUCCGCCAGAACUCAACUGCAAACUCGACAUUUUGUGCAGUGUCUGACGUGGCAAACGUGUCUUCCGUUGUUUUUCUACGUGGUUCCUUAUACAUUUUAUCUCGUACAGCAACUUUUUGGAAUCGGCACCGCCAUCACCGAAUAUUUGAUCUUCCCGCUGAACACAUUCUCGGCGGUAGUUGACCCGAUUUGCAUGCUUCACUUCAUCAAGCCUUAUCAGCGAAAGGCCAAGCAGCUUAUUUCGAAUUUACUUGGCCUAAAUAUUGCUCAAAAUUCUAGCACAAUUGCAACAGUGUCUUCUCAGCUAUAA